UCGCCUUGGAGUCCCUCAGGGUCUCAAGUUUGGCGACCUGUUCUUCAUGAGGCGUCUCACAAGGCAAACAGCACUUUGACAGAGUUCUGCUCUCUGUUGAGUUUGCGGCGGGUCAGUCCCAACACGGCGACUGAUGACGAAGGAGGUGGUGAUGAUGACGUGCAGCAAUUCCUCUGUAUGUGGCUGUCCGAAAACAAAUGUGGCUGUCCCUCCCUUUUUUCCCCAACCCUGCGUAAAAAUAAAAUUGCUUGGCUAUAUUUGGAGAGAGCUGAUGUCACAAGUGGUUUGAGCAGAGAGUUUAUAAACUGUGACAUCCUGACAAACCAUCAGACUGCUCAACAGACAGACGAGGACGAAACGCUACACCCAGAAGUCAUCAGCACCAGAAACACCAUGUAUCACCUGAGAGUGCCUGUGUUUCUCCUGGCGGCGCUUGUGUUGCUCCGCUGCAUCGCAGCCGCUCCAAGCCUCAGGUACUUCAGUUCCGGUUCCUCCUCCUCCGACGACAAGCAAGAAAAUGCUCUUCCAGACAAGGAGAGCAGGUCACUGCCUGAGCUAAUCGCCAACCCGUUCUCCGGCGUCACGGGCGCCAGGCCUGAGAGGGGACUCACAGCAAUGAACAGUCAUCACUUACAGAAGAGAAUGUGCAAAUUCUCUACCUGUCAUAGAGAGAGGUUAGCACACAAAUUGAGCGUUCUAGCUGGCAAAAGUGGAAAAAAAACAACAGACGUGGGCAAGAACUCCUUCGGCAAGAGGGAGAUACAUCUGCCUCCCGCCCAGCUGCCAUAGGGGAACUGGCCCAGAGGAGCCACGACUCCUUUGUAGUACAAACUGGGAGAAUACCCCAGUGACCUAAUGAUCAUGUGUAACAGUGAAUGAAUGAAUGACGACUCUGAUGAUAAAUCACAUCAUAAGAUGAUUUUUAAAAAAUCAUUUUAUAAGCUUCAAGACUACAGUGCCUUUGAUCUAAGCCUUCUGAAUCCACGUAUGUUUUCUUCCAGCUUUGUGAAUCUCAUAAAUCACAGCACUAAUGAAAUGAAGAAACAUGUAGCUUCUCACAAAAAAUUCUUGCAAGAGAUUUCUGUUUCAGCACAAGAUACAGAUUAAAUCAAUAAAAGGAUUUCUUCCUCAACAGGUUGGGAUAGAAAACACAGUGAGCA